AUGGCCGAAGUCAUUGCAAUCAAGGAGACUUUCCUCUCCGCGCCCAAGUUCGCCGUUGUUGGAGCGUCCAAGGAUCAAACCAAGUUUGGCACGAAGGUGCUCAAAUGGUACCAGGCCCGCGACAAGGACGUCACCCCAGUCCAUCCUGUGAGAGCAAUAUCCCAAAAAGAGGAUGAAUUAGAGGGAUUGAAGACCAUCCGUUCCCUGAGCGACCUGCCCUCUCCAACGGAGACCUCGAUCAGCAUCAUCACACCAGCCAAGAUUACUUUGGGCAUUCUCGAGCAGGCCAAGUCGCUCAACGUCUCUGCUCUGUGGCUCCAGCCCGGUGCCGAGAACGAAGAGGUCAUCAAUUAUAUCAACGAGAAUGGGCUCGCCAACAAGGUCAUCUACGGCGGCCCGUGCAUUUUGGUUGACGGCGACGGCGUCUUGAAGAGCCUCCUUUAG